UUCUGUCCUUCCGAGGUGACCGUUCGCCCUAAUUCCCAGGCUUUGGCCUCCGGUGGGCGAGGAUCCCGGAGCCUGCGGGGCGGGGCGGGGCGGUCAAGGGUUCUCGCGAAGCUCUACUGGAGAUCGCGGAGCCGUGCCCGGAGCCCGCGGCGCUGUGGCCGGAGGCGCCGGGCCCAGAAGGCGCGCGGCAGGCGGCCCUCCCUUGGCCCCGGCCAAGUCCGGGCUCCGCGGACGCUCCCGGCCAGGCCCGUCGGCAGCCUCAGCGGCCCGGGUUUGAGUUUACCGACGGCCGGGCGGAGGCUACGGCCGUUUUGAGCCCUCGGGAGCAGGCCUGAGAUCAUCCCCGGCUCCUGCCUCCCCCGGAGCCCCGCAAGGGAUCUACCAGUACGGUUGUCUACACUUUUUCCAAGAGCAACAGAAAAUGGAGAAAUCCCAGAAGCUGGAGAGCUAAACACCAGACUUCAUAGACUCUCUUGCAACUAGGGUUCCAGAUGUGAUGGAAGUUCCCCAUACAUUAAAGGAUGUUUGCUGCAGGGUCAGUGUCAUUCACGGAUGUGGCUGUGGACUUCACCCAGGAGGAGUGGCAGCAACUGGAUGCUGAUGAAAAGAUAACAUACAAGGAUGUGAUGCUGGAGAACUACAGCAACCUCAUUUCAGUGGGGUACGAUAUUACCAAACCAGAUGUGAUCAUCAAGUUGGAGCAAGGAGAAGAGCCAUGGAUAGUAGAAGGUGAAUUCCCAUGUCAGAGCUGUCCAGAAGAAGUCUGGAAAGGUGAUGACUUGAUAGAGAGAUUCCAAGAAAAUGAAGAAAAACAUUCAAGUCAAACUCUAUUUCUCAACAGCAAAACCCUGAUUGAAGAAGGAGAGAACGCAUCUGCCAAAACUUAUGUGGAACCAAACUUUGUUACUUCAAGCAUAAUAGCUCAUAAUUGUGUUUCAUGUGGAAAGAGUUUAGAAUCUAUUUCAGAAUUAAUUAUUAGUGAUGGAAGCUAUGCAAGAAAGCAACCUGAUGAAUGUGGUGAAUGUGAGAAAACACAUCAUGGAGAGAAACCCUAUGAAUUUAAUCAAAAUGGGGAAGGCUAUUCACAAAAUGAUGAAAGUAUUCUUGAGAAAAUUACUAUUUUAGAGGAACCCUUUGAAUAUAAUAAAUGCAUGGAAGCCUUUGAAAAUGAAGCUGUUUUCAUUACUCAUAAAAGAGCUUAUAUGGGGGAAAAGCACUAUGAGUGGAAUGAUUCUGGACCAGACUUCAUCCAAAUGUCAAAUUUCAGUGUAUAUCAGAGAUCACAAGUGGACAUGAAGCCCUAUGAAUGCAGUGAAUGUGGAAAAUCCUUCUGUAAAAAGUCAAAAUUCAUUAUACAUCAGAGGGCUCAUACAGGGGAGAAACCUUAUGAAUGUAAUGUAUGUGGGAAAUCCUUCAGCCAAAAGGGAACCCUCACUGUACAUCGGAGAUCACACUUAGAAGAGAAGCCUUAUAAGUGUAAUGAAUGUGGGAAAACCUUCUGUCAGAAGUUACAUCUCACUCAACAUCAGAGAACUCAUUCAGGAGAGAAACCCUAUGAAUGUAGUGAAUGUGGAAAAACUUUCUGCCAAAAGACACAUCUCACCCUACACCAGAGAAAUCAUUCAGGAGAAAGGCCCUACCCAUGUAAUGAAUGUGGGAAAUCCUUCUCCCGUAAGUCAGCCCUCAGUGACCAUCAGAGAACACACACGGGAGAGAAACUUUAUAAAUGUAAUGAUUGUGGGAAAUCUUACUACCGGAAAUCUACCCUUAUUACACAUCAGAGAACACAUACAGGAGAGAAACCUUAUCAAUGUAGUGAAUGUGGAAAAUUCUUUUCUCGGGUAUCAUACCUCACUAUACAUUAUAGAAGUCAUUUAGAAGAGAAACCCUAUGAAUGUAAUGAAUGUGGCAAAACCUUCAAUUUAAAUUCAGCCUUCAUCAGACAUCGGAAAUUACACACAGAAGAGAAGUCCCAUGAAUGCAGUGAAUGUGGAAAGUUCUCUCAAUUUUCAUGUCUCACUAAUCAUCAAACAACUGACUUAGGAGAGAAACCCUAUGAAUGUAAUGAAUGUGGGAAAACCUUCCUUGAAAAUUCAAGCUUCGGAAGACAUCAGUCACUUCCGAAAGCAGAGAAAUCCUAUGAAUGUAAUAUAUGUGGAAAAUUAUUCUCUGAGUUGUCGUACUACACUCUACAUUACAGAAGUCAUUCCGAAGAGAAACCAUAUGAAUGUAAUGAAUGUGGGAAAACCUUCUCCCAUAAUUCAUCCCUGUUUAGACAUCAGAGAGUACACACAGGAGAGAAACCCUAUGAAUGCUAUGAAUGUGGAAAGUUCUUCUCUCAGAAGUCAUAUCUCACUAUACAUCAUCGAAUUCAUUCAGGAGAGAAACCCUAUGAAUGCAGUAAAUGUGGAAAAGUCUUCUCUCGGAUGUCAAACCUCACUGUACAUUAUAGAAGCCAUUCAGGAGAGAAACCCUAUGAAUGUAAUGAGUGUGGAAAAGUCUUUUCUCAGAAGUCAUAUCUCACUGUACAUUAUAGAACUCAUUCAGGAGAGAAACCUUAUGAAUGUAAUGAAUGUGGGAAAAAAUUUCACCACAGGUCAGCCUUCAAUAGCCAUCAGAGAAUUCAUAGAAGAGGGAAUAUGAAUGUAUUAGAUGUGGAAAGUCUCCUCUGAAGUAAAAUCUCGGGUCAGAAAAGUCUCUGAAUAUAAUGAAUAUGGGAAAUCCAGUAGAGUCAAAUAUCAUUGUUUUAUCUGAGAGUUCACACUGGCAAGAAACCCUUGUCUGUCUCCUGAAUGGGGAAAAGCAUUUAGGUAUUAGAGUCAUUUUAAUCUGAAUUUUCACAGAGAAGGAUCUCUUAAGAAUGCAACAAGAAGCAAAGCCUUGAGUAAGGCCAUACAAUUCAUUGGACACCAGAUGAUUUAUACUGCAGUGAAACUUUAUAAAUGCUUAAGAUUUAUUUUGGAUUCAAAUUGUAUUACAUAUCAGGAAAUCAUACUGAGGUGAAAUGUGUCACUGUGAUGAGCGUGAAAAAAAUAUAUUUUCUUGAAAAUCAUUACACUAAAAGCCAUAUUUCAGAUGUAAAAACAAAUCUUUAUAGGAAAGAUACCAGAAAACAGUUCUGAAUAAGCAUUUAUUAUAUAAAAAGAACUUUUAAAGUCAUCAGGAGUGUUGAUAGUGUUGAUGGUAUCAUUGAAUACAUUUAUGGCAUGUUUUUAUAUUUUUAAAAUGCAAUUUAAUGACAAUUCUAUGCAAGUUUGGAUUUGAGUAAUUUGUGAAAAGAGUAUCCUUAUUUGAAUAUUAAGAUGGCAAAAUGUACUAAACAUACAGGAUAUAUUGUUGGUGAUGUAAGACCUGAUAGGUAUAAAAUCAUAAAAUACGUAAUUUUCUAAACUUUAGAGGCAUUUACAAAUGGGUUUUUAAUAAACGCCUCAUAGCUAGAAAAGUGAUUUUUUUAAAGUUUUCAACUGCACCUGAGCAAAAAGGAUUUAAUACUAUUUUUCUUGAACUGUGCAUAGGCAAUAGAAAUUAAGUCUGUUUGAAUAGAAGAGGAACAACUGUACUACUAAAAUAUUCCCUAUAUAAAAUAUCCCAACUAUUAUUACUCAAAUUUUCAAUCCAUAAAUUUGUGUGUGCAUAGUGCCAAUACUAUGUAAUUCUGAUUUUUAUCUUUGAUAUGAAUAGGAUGACAUUUUAUGUGCACUGUUCCUUUAUUUCCAGUAUUUUGGAACAAGUUUUUGAUUACUUUCCUGUCUUUUCUCACCCCAUUCCAUUCCGGAAGAGUUUGAGUGUCUGUGAUUUCCUCACAUGAUACAGAGGGUAAAUCCUGAUUAGUCUAAACCAGUAAUGAUAAUUCCAUUCUGUUUGCCAAUGAGUUGUUUAUAGCGGUCGUAUGACCCAAUCCUCAGCAAAGAAGAAAGUAGAUGAAUUUUUUCUGGAGAAAGGAUAAGAUAGUAAUCAAAUUGGUCUUGCUCCAAGAAUGCAAGGAUGGCUUAAUAUUCAAAGGUCAUUUACUAUAUUUCACUACAUGGAGAAAGAUAAUUAGUAUUCAGAAAAGUCAUAUGAUAAAAUCAGAACUCAGUUAUGACCUUAGGAAACUGUGGAGAGAAAGAAAUCUUCCUUAAUUGGAGAAAGAAUAUUUGAAAGUACAACAAAGAGCAUUCCUAAUAGCAAAAUGUUGAAAGCGUUCUCCAGGAUUAAAAAAAAAAGAGGCAAGGAUAUUCAGUCACCAAUUUUAUUCCACAUUGUAAAGAAGGACCUAGCCAGAUCAGUAAAGCAAGGAAAAGAAACAAAAGGCGUAAGGGUUGGAAAAGAAGUAAAACUUCUAAUUGCAGAUAACAUGAUUUUGUACUGGAAAAUUCUGAGGAAUAUACAGAAAAUUAGAAUCAGUGAUAAAUUUAGCAAAAUUCCUGCACACAUCAUGUAAAAAAUGCCUUACUAUAACAUUGAAAGUAAAAUUUUACAUCAAUAUUGUUCACAAUACUUUAAAAAAAAAAAGUUCACAUACCUGGGUGGGGGUGGGGGGCAUAUUUUAAAGAACUCUGUACAAAAAAAUAACAAAGAAGGGAGGGAUAUGUCUUCUUCAUGGAUUCCAAGACUCAAUUUCAAAAGAUACCAGUUUUCCCAACUUACUUCAUAUAUUCAAUGUACUCAAUCUAAAUCUGAAUUUCUCAAUGGAAAUUAAGCUAAUUCUAAAAUUUAUGUGAAAGUUCAAAAGGCCAAUAAUAGUCAAGGCUAUCAUAAAAGAAUAGACAGGGGACUAAAUGCCAGAUAUCAAGAACUGUGAUAAAGCCAUAGAAAUUAUGAUAAUGGUAUUGAUGUAAGGAUAGACAAGUUGGCCAAUGGAACAGAAUAAAGAUUUCAGAAAGACUCAUAGAGUCACCUGAUCUUUUUUACAGAGGUAAUCAGUGAGAUGGGAAAAGGAUGUUCUUUCCAAUAAAUUGAUUUAUCACAUAAAUUUCAUAUGGAAAAGGGUCUUGAUCCCCAGCUUACCUAAAAUACAAAAUCUAUUUGGGAUUGAUUGCAGUCUAUUGGGAUCCUAAUCUAUUGGGAUUGAAAUGUAAAGUAAAGCUUUAACAAGAAAACUAAAAAGACUUUGUAACUUCAGAGUAAGCAGAGUUCAUUUUUAAACAAAACCCAAAGAACAGUAGACCAUAAAAUAAAUCUUGUUAAUUUGGUUAUACUAAAUUUAAGAACUUGUGUUUAACAAAAAGACACCAUUAAGAAAGUGAAUAGGCAGACCACGGAGGGCGAGAAGAUAUUUGCAAUAUAUACAUAUGACAGCUGACUUGAAUCUAGAAGAAGGGUUGGUAAACUUUUUCAGUUAAGGGCCAGAUAGUAUUUUGGGCUUUGGGGGUCAGGUAGUCUGUCAUAACUACUCAACUCUGCUAUUGUAGCAUGGAAGCAACUAUAUACCAUAUGUAAACAAACUGGUAUGGCCAAUAAAACAUUGUUUAUAAAAACAGAAGGCAGGCUGGAUUUGGCCUGCAGGCCAGUUUGCCAACCCCUAAUCUAGGGUAUAUAAAGUACAACUACAAAUCAACAAGAAAAAAAACAAAAAUGGACAAAAGACUUGAACAUCCAUUUUACAAAAGAAGAUACCCAGAUUGCUGAAAACUGAAAAGGUGCAUUAACUUUAGUAAUCAGGGAAGUGCAAGGUACCAUGUGGUACAACUGCCCACCCACUGAAAUGGUUAAAAUAAAAAAGAUGAAAAGUUACCAAGGCUUGGCAAAGAUGCAUAUAUAUCGGAAACUCAUAUACGCUGCCGCAAGAAUUGCCAAUUAGCAUGACCCUUUUGGAAAGCUGGCACUUAAAACUGAACAUGUGUAUACCCUUUUACCCAAACCUAGCAGAAGUGGAUGUAUAUGUCCACCAAAAGACACAGAAUAGAAUAUCCAUAGCAGCUUUAUUUAAGACUGAAAAAAAAAAAAAAAA